AUGUCCGAGGCCACUUCGGGAAGCUGGAAUGGUGGUGACGAGAGCGGGUCUCCCCUCGUGGGCCUCUCACCGGAUUUUCUGCUACCUCUGGGCACCUUCCGCGCACGGUGCCGCCUCUGGGCUGUGGCGACGGCGGUGCAACGAAUAAAUCUGCUGAGCCCGAGACCUAAAAAGUCAACAAAGAAGGCCAGACGCCUCGUUACCGCUGCUGCGGCCCCAUGGCCCGCGUUGCCGCGGCUGUUCCCGCUGCGUAAUCCCUUCGUCGGAAACACCGACACACAAACGCCCGAUCGUCGGGGCUGGGGCGCCGCGCCCCGGGGCCAGGAGGAAAACAGCAGUGAUUCCGAGGGGGCGCUGGGACCCUCCUCGAGCGCGCCGCCUCCCCGGGACCCCUCCCACUCCCCUCUUUGCCGAGAGUUUCUGUAUUUCUUCACUUUAGAUGCUCCUGCAGACAAGGGUCGACUAGGGGAUGCGGACUGCUCAGCUGCUGUCCCGGGGCUCGGUUUAUUUAGGAAUUUCGCCCGAGUGGGAGCGAGGAACCGAGACCCUGGGCCGGAGGCCCGAAGCCUGGGGCCCCGGGGACACGCUGCUGGCUGGGUGCUGCCCUCGCCACCUGUCCCAGUCGCCCAGGCUGAGCGCACGGCGGAGCCCCCUCCCCGCCAAGCCUGCAGCCCCGCCCGCCAGACGGUGCCCGGGCGCCCCGAGACAUAUGCUGCCCGCAGGCCGCGCGGCCCGACGUGGUGCUCAUUGCCGAGGCGGUUCUCAGCGCAUCAAAAGCCCAGGCUUUCUUCAGCCGUAUGGGCCACGAGCCAUUCCCCAAGGACGGCCCCUCAGGCUGGGUGUUUACUCUUUUCCCUCCUGGCCUCCAGCUGCGAAGCAGUUCCUGGCGUCUGGGGCGCGCCAGCCCGAAAAGCGGCUCUGCGCCACGGGCAGAGAGCGAAGAUCUCCCAAAAGCCCGGCCGCGCCGCCCAGUCCCGGCGCGCCGGCUGGGAGCCGCUUUACUUGGAAACCCCUACUGAUAAGCAGGGCUUUAAGGCGCCCCUGGCCUUAAGGCCCUCUGCUCAAGCUCUCCCCACUCGCUUUCACGCAGGCCUGGGGCACCGACCGCGGAGCCGCGCUCCGGGAGCCUGGGCGGUCUGCUGGGGCACCAGGUGCAGGGUCCCCGCGCUCAACGUGCUGCGCCGCCCCUUUCGCUUCCGGCGGUGUGGGCACUGCCCAGCACCGCGUCCUUCAAGCCAGCGUCCUUUCCCGAGUUCCACUGUCAUCCUUGCCCUUUCAGCUACCGCCGUCUCCCCUGAUUCUCUGCUCUGCGGGAGGUGAAAACAAAGACCAAAAUGCCCACUAUCCUGCCAUUUGACCUGGGGUGUGUGUGUGAGAGAGAGAGCGAGAUAGGAGGCAGAGAGACAGAGAGACAGAGAAAUUCCCUAAGAAUCAUAAUUACAGAAGACUUCUCUUUAGCUUGGUUUCUAAAAAAUGAGUUUAAGUCAUUUCAUUAGUGGGCAUACUUCCUACACAACCCUAUUUUUCUCUUCAUCCAUUACUGAAGAACAUAAGUGUUGCAGUUUUAUUUCAGUCAGAUAGAGAAUAAUAAACAGACACUAAAGUACUUUUUUUUGUAAGAACACUAAUGGAAUGCUCUACGGUAGUCACCAUGGAUUAGGAUGUGCUGUUCCUUGCCAAUUAGUCAUGACUAUCCCAAUCUUCAAGCGAUUGACUCUUCACCUUUCUCUUUAGGGAAUCAGAGCCAGCACAUGCACACAUAUACUGUGAUAUAUAUUAGAGCCACACCAUAGGAUGUGUGUGAGCAGAUGUGCUGACUUAGAGGAACACACACCAGACCUUCCCAUCCACAAAACUGUCCCCAAAGCAUGAAAGCAAUAAAGUGAUCUGCUGAUUUUUGGUAAACCACAGAAAGCAUUUUAGACUUAAGGCUUUCAGCUAGGCAUUACUCUCAAUUAAGAAUACAGGAAUUUCUUCAUUUAAUUCCUUUCAACAUCAAAUGGAGUCACCUUUACAAAUUUAGCCAUGGAACUCUGACCACUCUUUUCAGUUUUUAGGCACAGGCACUUGGGGGGAGGGGGGGAGAAAAAAUUCCAUGUGACAUGUAAUACUUAAGAGAAGAUUUCAGUUCUUCUGACCUUUUUAUUUUCGUUUUGUCUAAUAAUGCAUCCUAAA